AUGGCAGCAGAACUUACCAAGGUCGAUUCCGCCGUCGCCGGUUUGACCUUAGAAGACAAGGCAUCCGUCAAGGAAGAAAAGGAGGUGAAAAAACAUCACAAGCGAGCAACCCCAAAGACAGAAGGUAUCUGGAACAUCAAAGACCUGGAGGAGAAGAAGAUCGAACUUGUACUCCCAAUCGAAACGCAAAAGCUUGGAUGGAAGCUCAAUACUUCCCCAUCAACCGUAGAAGACAAAGAUGCGUUGAAACUGUAUCUCGUCACUCCUCCUGUCAAAAAGAUCGACCUGCAUUUCCCAUUGGGCCUGGAGGUCACCGCCCGUAACCUCAAGGGAGUUACAAUAAAGGACGCGCUGGACGCAAUUUACAAGCAGUACAAGAAAAAGGCUGAUGAUGAGCUUGAAAAGCCCUACCUCGCUGGUUUCGAGUGGGACAAGGAAGAGUGCUGGACACGACUAAUUGUGCAUCAGAAGAAGGAAAGUGGGAUAUCACAUCAGCCAAGCAGCAAGAAGUCCAAGAAGAAGAAGGAUGCAUAA